AUGGCAGGAGCCAGUCAACAUAUGUCUGCUUCUGGAUCACAACUUGUUGAUCUUGUUGAUGUUUCCAAGCUCAACCUUAUGGUUGAUCAUCCUAAUGGAACUUCUGCGAAGAUUAACAAAAUAGGAAAUAUGAAUUUUUCUAAUUCUGUAUCCUUAACUGAUGUUUUUGUAAUACCUGACUUCCAUGUUAAUCUUCUCUCUAUUCAUAAGCUUUGUAAGGAAAACAAAUGUAAAGUCACCUUUGAUGAAAAUCAUAGUUUUGUCAAGGGUUCAUUGUACAUGGAAACUGGCUUGGGUCUUAUUCAUCAAACUUCAUGUGUUCAUACUCCACAACAAAAUGGUGUUGUGGAGAGGAAACACAUGCAUCAUCUUAACAUUUCUAGAUCCUUAACACCUUUAUCUGUUUUGAAUGGGAAAACUCCUUAUGAAAUGAUAUAUAAGAGUUUUCCUGCUUAUGAUAAGAUUAGAGUCUUUGGGUGCUUAUGUUUUGCAACAAUUCUAAAUAAUCAUGAUAAAUUUUCUGAAAGGGAUGUGAAGUUCUAUAACACUAUUUUCCUUUUUAAAAUGAAUUCCUUUUCUGAUGAAGCAUCUCAGUUACAUAAGUUCUCUAGCUCUAAUAAUAACAAUUGGUGGGACCCUUUUUUCAAUGAUGAAACACUUUCUUCUGAAAGUCUUAUUGAUGUUCAGUUUGAUAGUGUCUCUGGUAGAAGCUAUCAGGAUGGUGAGUUAAAUAUAAAUCAACCUUCAAAUACAACUGAUGCUAGUCAGGAUGGUAUCUCUAAUUUUGGUGCACUUGACUCUGCUCAGGAUGGUACUAAGAGUUAUGGUAUGCACAAUUUGAAACCUGGUAUGACUACUUCUGAAACACUUGGGAGUUAUAAGGAAAACAUUGGUCCUUCUAAUUCUCUUAAUGAUCAGUCUUUAAAUAAUAGAAGUUCUAAUUGCAAGUAUAAGUAUGGAAUUGAGAAAUCUGUGAAUUCAUCUUUUUUGAGUUUUGAAAAUAAAUGUUUUGCUACUAAUCUAAAUAAAACUAUUGAACCUCAAUCUUACUAUGAAGAUGCCAUGGAUCCUAAUUGGGUUGAGAGGGUUAAGGCUAGGUUAGUUGCCAAUAGAUAUAAUCAGAGAGAUAAGAUUGAUUACGAAGAAUCUUUUUCUCCGGUUGCCAAAAUGUUAGAUAUUAAUAAUGCUUUCCUUUAUGGCGAAUUAGAUGAAGAUGCAUAUAUGUCUUUGCCUCUUGGUUACUAUAGUAAGGAUGAUACCCUAGUUUGUAAAUUAACCAUAAAUGAUUGUUCUCUUUUCUUACUUGUUUAUCUGGAUGAUAUCAUCCUUACUAGUAACAACAUUGAUGAAAUUAAUCUUGUUAAGGAUUUUUUUAAGAUCUAA